GAUGGUGCUGAUGAUGGUGCUGAUGCUGAUCAGGUCGGAUGGUUUCUCUGUCUCCCAGGGGUCCCUUGCCGGGCGCUGUGCCCUACGAGAUGAUCAGAUCCCGCGAACUGAACGCCACGCUGGGUCCCAAAGGAAGUCCCGGCGCCGUGGAGCUCGUGUGCGACCUCCACAACACCACGGCCAACAUGGGCCUGUGCCUCAUCGCCUACUCCGACUGCGACUGGAUCUGCCUGCACAUAUUUCGACACCUGCAGAGGAAGAUGCCAGACAUACCCAUGAGGUACAUUCAUUUCGACGUCCCCCACAAAGAGUCAUAUUCCCUCGAUUCGGUGGGGAAGCACGGCUUUGCCAUGGAGAUCGGGCCGCAGCCCCACGGCGUGGUGAGGUCCAACGUCUACGCGGCAAUGAAAGCUGGCGUGCAGCACAUGCUCGAUUGGGUCUGUUUCUUCAACUCAGGUAGUACUUUUGAAGGAGAAUACGUGGACGUGUUCACCAUGAUCAAGCACAUCGACUACCCGAGAGACAGGGAGACUCGAAAGAUCAGAGCGGCCAUUCAUCCUCAGCUCCAGGACCAAGAUUUCUGCCUGCUCCACCCGGAGGACCCGCUGUUCCAGACUUUCUCAGGGGAAACUCUGAGGUACAAAGGAGACGAAGCGCUCUACCCUUUCUUCAUCAACGAAUGCGCGUAUUACGAGAAGGGCAUCGCCCUGUCGCUGGCGAGGAAGAGGCGUGUGAUGGUUCCAGCCAUCCGCGUGCAGACGGAGCGAGAGCGACAAGCCCACAUGGAGGAGGAGGAGGAGGAAUGAGGAGGAGGAAUGAGGAUGGGCCCGACUAGAUGAGACUGAUGUGACUGUGAAAUAAAUUUGACAAAGAGCUUUUAUUGAAACGGCAGCGGUUGAUUGAAACUCGCUUACACUCACAUUUGAUAUUUAGUUGUACUUUUUAUUAACCGUUUGAGCUCAGAACGGGAGUGAACAACACAUUCACAAUAGCACAGUCGUACAUGGACAUACUUAUAUUUACGUCACACUGGAUUCAGGAAUGGAACGAUGUUUUCAAUUAAAGGGCUGAAUAUAGAAAAUCUGACACACACAUUUCAUUACACAGACAUAUAUAUAUAUAUGAAAACAUAGAUCAUAGUUUUUAGGGUAAUGUUUGUUUUGCUAAAAUUGUUUCUUUUUGAGACACUUGUGUUUUCCAAGAGUAGAAAUUCACAACUGACCACAAUAUUGAGGAUAUGUUAAAAAAUAAUUUAAGUGCAGAGUAAUCGUGUCGUUUAUCACAAUAUGGCCUUUAGUCUACAUUCAUAAUGUCUAACAGGGAAACAUAUUUACCUUUAAUCCUGUUGAAUUGGAAUGGUGGUAAACGUGUCUUUAAAAUGAAACAAACAAUUGUAUAAAUCAAAUACACAACAACCAACAACUGAAUUCACAAAAGGAAACACAUCGUAAAAGUGAUAAAAGUAAAUGGUGAAAAAAACAACGAUCUUUUGAUCUUUCCUGCUACAGCCGACCAAACAUGUCAAAAUGUAAAAAACUCUGCUUGAAAACAGAAAUAUAAUUUACUUAACAAAUCAUAAACAGAAACAUAAUCUGACCGUAACAAAGGCCCUUAAUAUAUAAAUACCCACAAGGGAGUCUACUCCUUUUGUAACAUAACACUAUAUACGCCAUAGUCGUCUCCGCUAACAUUUGCAAACCAGUCACAAGAAACUAAUUAUUGACAAUAAUUACAGGCAUUCCGUCUUGCUGGAACAACAAAACACAUAACGGGUGUGUCCAGUAAACCCGUGCAGCCAAGUGCUUUUACAGGUAUAAUAAAGGAGGAAUUUCACCACACCCGUCUGUGACUUUCGCUGUCUGUGACUUCAAUACUCAAACCCUUGAGUACAUGGACCGGCUGAACAUUUUGUAAGCAGGGUGACGUUGAUGCAACCCUUUGUUGUACUGAUUGAGGAGUUGCUAAAAUAUUUAAAUAUUAAAAC